AUGCCUCACAAUACUCAGCACCCGAUCGAAGACCCGAGCUUCAAAAACAUUCGCUUUGGUAAGAUUGGCAGCCAUAACAUCAUCGCUGUCUCUUGGCCAGAAGAAGAGGCAGGUAUUACGAGGAGCAAGCUUAUCGCAUCCGAAAUCCUGCAGAAUUUCCGUAGCGUUCGACUUGUACUACUGGUCACCACUGGUAGCGGCCUACCCAAACCCGGAAAGCCCAGCCAAGUUCGAUUAGGAGAUGUCGUGGUGAGCUCGUCUAAGCACACGUUCGGAGGCAUAGUGCAAUUUAGCAUCGGUCUCGAGACUGGUCAGCCAGAGGCAAUAGGUUCGUCCUACAAACCAGCUACUCGUCUUUUGACCGCUCUCGCAGCGCUCAAGUCUCACCAUAUGCUUCACGAUAAUCGCAUGGCCCAAUAUGUCGCCAAAAUACAAGCAUCGGACGACGCCCAUUACACAUUUCCAGGUCGCGACGCGGACGAAAUGGAGGAGUUUGACAACCAUUGUGAAACAGCUUCGGUGAUUCAUUAUGACACGAUUGCUUCAGGAGACCAGCUGGUCAAUGAUAUUCGGGUUAGAGAUCAGAUAAGGGAUAAAUUUCGGGCAAAAUGUAUAGAGACGGAAUCAGCUGGAGCAGCCGCCGAAAGCAAUUGUCUGGUGAUUUGCGGAAUAUGCGAUUACGCUGACGGCAGCGCCAGCGCUACCAAAGCCCAGUGGGAAGUACCGUCGCCCCUGGCUGGGACAAGGCGGGAGGUUCUCGGCAUAGGCCUGAAUGUUUCGAGCAGGGUAAGGGACGGAGGUGGCGCUGGUGACGGGAAGCUCUGUCAACAUCAGCACGAAGGGAUCGCAGGGUUGAGCCAGCAAUGGAGAAGUUCUCGAACAUUCGACGACGAUCAAGCAAUCUCGGGACUUGUGUUGGUGGAUUCCUUCUUGCUGUCCCCAAAAUUAUGUCUUUUACUGACAUGCGAGAUAGCUGCUUUGAAGCUAUAUCCUUGA